ACAUGAAUACAAGUGUCAGCUGCUGAACAUUUUGGGUAUUGUUUACCGGUAGAAGAUGAUGAAAGAAAUGAGUGCUUCAGAAAGAAAGAAAAAGUUUGUUCCGCGUGUUUGCAUAUUCGGGGGAAAAGCAUUUGCCACUUAUGUUCAAGCCAAGAGAAUUGUGAAAUUCAUUGCUGAUGUUGAUGCUACAAUUAAUAAUGAUCCUGAUAUUGGUGAUUUACUGAAGGUUAUUUUUGUUCCUGAUUACAAUGUGAGUGUGGCUGAAUUACUUAUCCCUGCAAGUGAGCUAUCACAGAAUAUCAGGUAUCUCGAAUUUAUUCAUUGUAUGGAUAAUUCUUCACAUAAUGUAAACAGGCCAUGUUACUUUGACUCUAUUUUUGUCGAAGUAUCCGUAUCGGAUGCAUAUUCGGACAUAGGAAUGAGGUACUGCUGGGAUGGAGGCAAGUGGAACCAGCAAUAUGAAGUUUGCGAUGAACGGUUGCAUUCUGAUUGGGACCUUGGUUGGUGCCAAUGUCGAAAUACGAGAAGGUUGGGGAAGGCAACUUUUUCCUCUUCGGGGCUAGAGCUAACGAGAUGA